AUCAUCAGCUAAGUAAUGAGUUACAACAACAUAAAAGAAAAAAAACCCUUUGAGUUUUGAAGUUUGAUCUUUCUUCUUCCCUCGAAAACUGUACAAAUUCAACAACUUAAUUCUGAUGUACUUCCUUUAAAACGUCACCGUAUUAUGCUCCUCCGACCACCUGCUUUCCGUCACAGUUGCAGAAUUUCAUCAUCAUCCAUGGCACAUGUGAUUCAUCUGAAAACAAGUAUUAAUAAUAACGGGAAACAGGUUGAAAUGAGUAAAAACAACCAUACUUCCAAUGACAAGCAAGGAGAUGUUGGCAGUGCAAAACCAGUUCGGAAGAGAUUAGCGUUUGGUGGUUUAAAUGCCAUAAGGAAACAUCUGGGUUAUGAAACCGACAAGCAGCAGCCUAAUGCCUCAACAACAGCUAGAAAUAACACAAUUUGUUCCUUAUUUUCAACCAAUAACCAGUCUUCCGCAAUGGAUGUAAGUAAACAGACUACUAUAUCUGCAUCAAAGGCGCUAAUUCCUUGUUCAAAGCAACCUGAGCGUCCAUCUCUUGUAGAUGCUGACCAGAAGAAUAGUCAUCCUUGGCCCUCUGAGAAGUCUGGUUGCAGUGGAUCCAUGAAAGGGGAUGUAUGUUUGUUUGCUGUAGACUGUCAUGUGUUGGAGGAGUGCUCUUUGCCAAAUACAAAGGCUGAAAUUUCUGCAUCAGAGGUGCCUAUUUCUUCUUUGAAGCAACCUGAGCAUCCUGCUGUCGUAGAUGCUGACCAAGAAGAUAAAUGUUCUUUGCCCUCCGUGAGUUCUGGUUGCAGUGGCUCAGGUGAGAAAUCUGUGAAAGACAAUGACUUCCCGAUUGAUAUAGGCUGUACACUCAUGCUGGAUGAAUACUCUUUGCCGAAUAGAUUUGGGAAGCAUGAGCCAGCAAACUCCAGGAAGCCAAAAUUUAUCAAACAUAGUGUGAAAGAUAAUGGUAGUAAUAGGAAUAAAUACCCAAAGAAGAGGACUUGCGCCCCUAUUGAAGUGUUUGAUAUGUGCCAGUCUGAAGCUGAUGACUACAGGUUUCUGAGCUCAUCUCUAGAUUUUGUGGAUGAAGCAAAAGUGCCUGAGGUGGGUAAGCUGAGCGAUGAGCCUAGACAAAUAGUGCUCAGGCCAGGGAUGAUCUUACUAAAGAGUUACAUCUCCAACAGUGACCAGGUUUCUAUAGUAAGGAAAUGUAGAAAACUUGGCAUUGGUCCUGGGGGCUUCUACCAACCUGGUUACAAAUAUGGAGGAAAACUUCGACUGCAUAUGAUGUGCCUUGGUCUUGAUUGGGAUCCUCAGACAAGGAAGUAUCAGAAAAGAAGACGAAUAGAUAGGUCUGAGCCACCUGGUAUCCCCCCCGAGUUUCUUGGGUUGGUUGAUCGGGCUAUGCUAGAUUCACUAGCUCUCAUAAGGAGCGAUUCAAAAGUUUCCAGUGCUGAAGACAUCCUUCCUCAGAUAAAUCCAGACAUUUGCAUAGUCAACUUCUACUCAGAGACCGGACGACUUGGUCUACAUCAGGAUCGUGAUGAGAGUAUAGAGUCUCUCAAGAAAGGACUACCAGUCGUUUCUUUCUCGAUAGGCGACUCAGCUGAGUUCUUGUAUGGAGAUCAAAGGGAUGCAAACAAGGCAGAAAAUCUGAUUCUAGACUCAGGAGAUGUCUUGAUAUUCGGUGGUGAAUCGAGGCAUGUUUUUCAUGGUGUCGCGUCCAUUAUACCAAAUUCUGCUCCUCACUUCUUGUUCGAAGAAACCGGGCUUCUGCCUGGCAGGCUUAAUCUUACUUUUAGACAAUACUGAAUUUACUUCAGGUUUUUGACAUCGGCUGAUCAGAAUUAACUCCUUUAUGUAUCCAUGUUUUUUGUUUCCCAUUUGGUA